CAUACAACAUGGAAGCCUUGAUUGCAAGCCAAGAGGAUAUAAAUAAGCGUAUGAAUAAAGCUCGAACGAAUUACAAAAAAUCUCCGAAAGAGCGUAUAACAGUAAAGUAUAUAGAAGUUAGGAUAGAAACUUUGGAUGAAUUGUGGACGGAAUUUCUGUUGGGUCACAAAAGAUUAAUGGAAAAUCAUCACAAAGAAAUAAAGUCGUCAACUUAUGUUCAGAGCGAUAUGUAUGAUAUCACUCAGGAAUUGUAUGUAGAGUUUAAGACUGAGUUAAAAUCAGUUGCUGAAACUUUGGUCACUGACCAUAUUCAAGAACAAUCCAUGCAAUUCCCAGGUACAUCACCCGCUGUGUUAAAAAACAACUCAGUGAAAUUACCAAAAAUUGUUAUUCCGACCUUUUCGGGCAAAUAUACAGAAUGGACUACUUUCCGUGAUUUAUUUGAGUCCCUUAUUCACAAUAAUGAGUCCAUAGACAAUGUACAAAAAAUGCACUAUUUAAAAGGGUAUUUGUCUGGAGAGGCGGAACAAUUGCUUCGUCAAAUUCCGAUAUCUAAUUCCAAUUAUAACAAAUGUUGGGAAUGCUUAAAACAAAGAUAUAACAAUAAAAGAUUCAUGUGUCAAACUAUUUUAAAACGCUUUUUAUCUCAAAAAAACGCAACUUGUGAGUCAGCAAAUUUCUUAAAGGAAUUAAUUGAUACUAGUUCAGACUGUCUACAUGCUCUAAAAAAUAUAGGCAUAGACGUCAAUGCUUGGGACGCCAUAGUGAUUCAUUUGCUCACUCUCAAGUUAGACCCAGAAACAAGAAAGCAGUGGGAGUUGACUGCAUCAAUGCAAACCACAGAGGAGACCUUACCGACCUUUGAGCAAUUCAAAGAUUUUAUAACAAAUCGAUUUAGAGCUUUAGAGUUUAUAGAAACCAAGAAAACUGUUAAUCAUAACCCCACCCCUAUAACUUAUAAGGCACGCGCCUUGCAUGUAGCUCAAGGCAGUCAAUGCCCGUUUUGUUCAGAAUCUCACAAAAUAAUAUUCUGUAAACAAUUCGUCAAGCAAGACGUAGACUCACGACGCGAGUUUGUCCAAACCAAGGGUUUAUGUUUUAACUGUUUAGGCGGAUUCCAUUCAGCGAAGGUAUGCCAGAAUCCCACACCAUGUAGAGUUUGUAAACGCCGCCACCACUCAUUACUUCAUCCCAAAAAUGGUCCUGGUGCCAGUGUUUCUUCCGACGAGGUAGCUGAAGGUACAACUAAUGUUGGUACAAUGGAAGACAUGGAAGAAUUAACUGACUCAGAACCAACAGAUAUUACGACUUGUUUUUCUUCGGGUGAUCAGGGUCAAGUACUGUUAGCCACUGCAGUUGUUGGAGCCCAGUCGAGGAACAAUGAAUAUUAUCCCGUGCGAGCAAUGAUAGAUCCAUGUUCUCAAGCUUCAUUUAUUACGGAGGCAACGGCUCAAUAUCUGGGACUGAAACGUAUCCCAGUCCGCAGUAACAUAUUUGGUCUGGGAGGACAAAAGAAUGCAACACCAAGGUCGAGGGUGAUACUAAAUUUGCAAUCAUUGAUACAUCCUGAAGAAAGGCUUUCAGUAAAGGCAUAUGUACUGAGUACAAUUACUACUAUUAUGCCAGCCAAGAAAGUGGUAGAUUUGGGCUCAAUAGACGUCACAGGAUUACCACUGGCUGAUCCAAAUUAUCACACGCCUAACAAAAUUGACGUCUUGUUAGGUGCAGUAGUUUAUAGCCAGAUUGUUUCGGGAGAAAUAAGGAAAAACAAAGAAAAAACUCUUGUAGCCCAAGCAACGUCGUUGGGUUGGAUUAUAAUGGGAGCGACUGGAUCCAAACAAAAUGUAUCCAAUGUAUCUGUGUUCCAUACUUACCUUGUUGGAGAUGAUCUGCUUAAGAAAUUCUGGGAAUUAGAGUCUGAUGUGUCUAUGGUCAAAGGUCACGACCUGUGGACAGAAGAAGAGAAAAGAUGCGAGGAAAUAUUUGCAGCUUCUACUUCUAGAGAUGAUACGGGAAGAUAUGUUGUAAAGCUCCCGUUUGCUGACGACGACCCUGGCUGCAAAUAUGGCGAAUCUAGAGAUGUAGCAGAAAAAAGAUUUUAUACACUGGAAAAGAGAUUAAAUAAAAACCCGGAACUUCUAUCACAAUAUAAAAAUGUAAUAGAUGAAUACUUACAAUUAGGACAUAUGGAGAAAGCUCCUGAAAAAAAAACAUUGUUAAUUACGGUUUUUUAG